AUGGCCCUAGGAGCAUCAAUUCGAGGAUGGAGACAUUGCAGGCCUGUUGUCGUGGUCGAUGGAACUUAUCUAAAUGGACAUUACGGUGGCACUCUAUUCACGGCAUGCACACAGGAUGCAAACAACAGCAUUUUUAUACUUACUUUCGGAAUUGAGGAUACUGAGAAUGAUAGAUCUUGGACAUGGUUUUUAGGAAACCUGAAGAAGGCACAUGGAGAUAGAGAAGGGUUGUGCUUCGUAUCGGAUCGUCAUAACAAUAUAAAGAAUGCAAUUGGAAACGUGUAUCCAGGAGCAUGUCAUGGAAUUUGUUCAUACCAUCUUCUACAGAAUCUUAAGUCACGGUACGGAAGAUCAGGUCACAAUGUAACUCAACCAUUCAAUGCGGCUAUCCGUGCUUACACCCUGAUAGAAUACGAAUAUCACAUGCAAGAACUUUAUGCCAUCAAUAACGAGGUUGUACCUGAGAAGUGGUCACGAUUUCACAUGCCACGAAAUAGGUAUUCCACAAUGACAUCGAACAUAGUAGAAUCAGUUAAUGCGGUGACAAAGUCUGCCAAACACUUUCCUGUUAUAGCGUUGUUGGAAUCAUUGUGGCAAACUACACAAACAUGGUUCUGUAAGCAUAAGGACACAGCGCAAGGAGCUUUCACGACGUUGUCAAGCAAGUACGAGAAGUAUAUAAGAGCAAUGAGCACGGUUAUGAGAAAUUUCAAGGUCUCUCCUAUAAAUCAAUCCACGUUUUUGGUUAGUGGUGAAACUUCGUCAUUCAUUGUUAACAUAGAACAACGUACCUACACAUGUAGGACGCUUCAAGUUAAUCAACUACCGUGCCCACAUGCUUUGGCUACGAUUGCAAGUAUGAAGAUGGAUCCAUAUGACUUCUGCUCGUACUAUUACACAAGAGAAGCAUACAUGAAUGCUUACUAA